AUGGCUCGCCGUUCUCCCCUGUCCCUUCUCGUCGCCCUGGCACUGGCCGCCGUGGCCGUGCGAUUCGUGGGCCCUGCCUUCGCCCCGGGGCUCAACAGACGCGACGUGCUGGCCAGCCUGUCCGCGGCAACGGUGGCCACGGUGGGUACGCAGGCAGCUUGGGCGGACGCUCAAGGCGAGCCCGUCACGUGCCUCGCUCGAUACGGCCCCCAAGUCUUGGGUUUGAAGGCGGCCGUCGACAAGGGCGACAUGGAGACCGUGCUGAAGAAGGAGCCAAAGUUCAGGGCACUCAACAGCUACUGGCGCAACCAGCCCGGAUUCUUCGAGAAGAAGGCUGAGCUUUCUGAAAAGAUCAUGGAGGCCGCCGAUGCUGGCAAGAAGGACGAGGUGAAGAAGCUGUAUGCCGAAUAUGUCUCGGAUCCUGUGUUCGAAGCCUUCAAGGUGCCAGUGAAGCGCGCCAAGGAUACCGUCACCAUCUACUCCUACGGUGCCGGCAAGUCGACCUACGAGAAGUGA